CGUGCGUGCGCGCGUCUUUUCGUGUGUGCGUUCUCUCGUGCAGCCUGUGCGUGCCCGCUGUCCUCGCGCUCACUUUUAUAUCUAUGUGUGUUGUGUGUGUGUGCAGUGUGUUGUUUGUGUGUUAGUGUGUUUAGUGUUGUGUGUACUUUCCGGUGGAUUGUAUUUCUCUGUGCCCGUCUCUCUUCUUCUCCUUUCCUCUCCCGUGUCUCUGUGGAUGCUCGCGCGCGAGGAUGGCGCUGCUGGCGCUCAGCGUGUCGGUGCUGUGGCUCGCACUCCUCCACCCGGCCCCGGCGCGCGCUGACUCAAUCAUCCACAUCGGUGCGAUCUUCGAGCAAGAUGCUGUUCGGGAUUCGGAGGUGUUCCAGCUGGCCAUUUCCGAUCUGAGUCUGAGCGAUGACAUCCUGCAGAACGAGCGCGUCACACACUCCAUCAAACUCAUCGAAGCCGACAACCCGUUUCAGGCCGUGCAGGAAGCGUGUGAGUUGAUGAAUCAGGGUAUCCUGGCGUUGGUGUCAUCGACAGGCUGUGCUGCAGCUCGUGCUCUACAGUCCCUGACAGAUGCCAUGCACAUCCCUCACCUGUUUGUGCAGCGUGGAGGCGGCGGAGCUCCACGAGCAGAGUGUGUGUUCAACACCAGAGCCGAUGCUGAGACCUACACACUCGCUGCCCGGCCGCCUGUACGCAUUGACCACGUCCUCCUCACACUGCUGUCUGACCUGCACUGGCGCAAAUUCAUCAUCUUCUACGACGCAGAGUACGAUGUGGGUGGAUUAAAGGCGUUUCUGGAUCAGGCGUCUCGCUCUGGGUUGGAUGUGUCUCUGCAGCAGGUAGAGCGGAACGUCUCGAAAGUUUUCCUGACGCUCUUCAGCACAAUGAAGACAGAAGAGCUGAACCGUUACAGAGACUCUCUGAGACGUGCCAUCUUACUGCUGAGCCCACGUGUCGCUCACGCCUUCAUCAACCAGGCUGUUGAGACAAACCUCGCAUCCAAGGACUCUCACUGGAUUUAUGCAAAUGAAGAAGUGAGUGAUGCUGACAUUAUGGACCUUGUCCACACAUCUCUGGGUCGUCUGACGGUCAUCAGGCAGAUAUUUCCCGAGUGGAGAAACAACAACGCUCAGUGCAGGAGGAAAAACCAGAGAGUUAAGUCACUGCUGUGUGAACCUCAAGAAGAAUACCUGCAUAGCCUGGAGGUCUCCAGUCUUUACCUGUAUGACAGCGUGUUGAUGUUGGCGAAUGCCUUCUACAGGAAGUUAGAGGACAGGAAGUGGCACAGUAUGGCGAGUCUGAGCUGCAUGAGGAAGUCGACUAAACCCUGGAAUGGAGGCUGGUCCAUGCUGGACACCAUCCAAAAGGGGCGGAUCUCAGGCCUGACAGGGCUGAUGGAUUUCCGCAGUAAUGGGGCGAACUCUCACGCUCAGUUUGAGAUUUUGGGGACGGCGUACAGUGAGACGUUUGGGAAAGAUGUCAAACGUUUAGCAGUCUGGGACUCCUUCCGUGGCAUGAACGGUAGUUUGAAGGAAAGCAAAGUGGACAGCGGGAUGCAAGGGGUUUUGCUGAGAGUCGCCACGUUACUGGAAGAGCCCUUUGUGAUGGCAGCGGAGAGCACUCUUGGACAACCCAAGCGAUAUAAAGGUUUCUCCAUCGACGUGUUGGAUGCUCUGGCCAAGACACUUGGCUUCAAAUAUGAGAUUUAUCAGGUUGCAGAUGGAAAAUAUGGCUCGCCUCAGCCCAAUGGCUCCUGGGACGGUCUGAUUGGGGAACUCACCAACAAGAGGGCAGACAUGGCAAUUGCAGCAAUCACCAUCACUCCAGAGCGGGAGGGUGUGGUUGACUUCACCAAGCGCUACCUGGAUUACUCUGUAGGGAUCCUAAUGAGUAAGUCAGUGGAGAAGCUGUCCAUCUUUUCACUCCUUGCGCCCUUUGACCUUUCGGUGUGGGUGUGUCUCUGUGCUGCCGUGCCCGUGGUAGGAGUGAUGAUCUUCAUCCUGCGCCGUGUUCAGACUGUCUGUUCACGCCAAAGCGCCGCCACGGUCAACACUGCCAACACCAGCCUACUGAACACAGUGUGGAUCGUUUAUGGAGCCUUCACUCAGCAAGGUGUGGAUUCAGUGGUUGCCUCAGUAUCAGUGAGGAUUGCAUUGGGAAGCUGGUGGCUCUUCACGCUCAUCGUGUGUUCAUCGUACACAGCUAAUCUUACAGUGUACCUCACAACACACAGACUGGAUAACACAGUCAGGUCUCUGCAGGAUCUGGCGCAGCAGUCAGGCGUUAAUUACGGCACAGUCAGAGAAUCAGCCGUGUUUGAAUAUUUCAAGAUGAAGGGGACGAACCCGUUGGAGCAGGACAGCACAUUCUCUGAGCUUUGGAGGACCAUCAACAGACAUCAAGGACGGGAAAACUGCGUCCACAGUCUGGCUGAAGGAAUAAGAAAGGUAAAGCAGGAGGCGUAUGUGUUCCUGUGGGACAUGGCUGUGUUGGAGUACGCGGCUCUGACUGAUGACGAGUGUUCACUCACGGCUGCGUCGGACCCACAACAUACCAAAGGCUACGGCAUCGCCCUCCAGCACGGCAGUCCUCACCGAGACAUCCUCUCACACACGAUCCUUGAGUUGCAGCAGCGGGGUGAUGUGGAUGUGUUAAAGCAGAAGUGGUGGCCACGUAAAGGUCGCUGUAUUAACGAGCGCCGCUCUGAGAGUCGAGCUUUAACUCUACACGCUCUUUCUGGAGUUUUCUGUUUACUUGCUCUCGGUCUGUUCGUAUCAGGCCUGGUGGGGGCGCUGGAGAGCUGGUACACACACACCCCAUGCCGAGCACAUACACAGGAUAAGGAGGUGGACCUGGAGCAGGUCCAGCAGCGCUUCAGUGGACUCAUUAGUGAUGAUGAUUUAUCGCAUAAACAGCUCCCUGCUUCGCCGCUGGACGUCUCCGCUCUAGACGUUGGCACCAUAUGCCAGCGCCAGGACUCCCAUGACGCCAUGUCCCCGUUUCCUCCCGGCGCCCUGUCCGUCCCUUCACUUUUUUCCGAAAGUGGUGUUGGGGGUGUUACCGGCAGAAACAUGCCCCUCCCCCUCUCCAGCUCCACACUGCCCCCUCCCUCGCGCUGUAAACAUCGGGCACCAAACGGAGGAAUUUUACACCAAAGUCCCAUGAAAAUGCCAGUGAAAUACCAGCCAGUGCCCAGCAGAACCAUGGAUACCAAUCACGGCACCUCGAUAUGACAUCACAGCACCAUGAUGUCAUACACUGUAACAGAACUGUACCACCUGAGCCAUCAGCUCCCAACAAAUAACAUGACUUUCGAAUAAACUCGGUCUACAAAUUCACUACCACAUGUGAGCAGCUGAGCCACUGACUAAAGUAAUGGCACCCCAGUAUGACAUUCAGUGUGCUAAAUACAACAGCAACCAGCCAAUCACAGACUUCUGGACACUUUACUGAGGAAAUGAGGUCACGGAGGCAGGGUUUCCUAUUCGUCCGAGACUCUGACCUUGUAAAACUGUGCAUAUCUGUAAAUACCUGAACAGGUGGUGGAGUCAGAGUGUAUUUUCAAUAUUCUAGAUGUUUUUUGACUUUGGUAUUAAAAGGUGUAAAAUCUCUCUCUCUCUCUUUCUUUCUCUCUCUCUCUUUCUCUCUCUCUCCGUAAAUAAUAUAUAUAUAUAUACAGACGGUUUGUACAUUUGGACCUAAGUGGAUAAAGAGAAUUCCUCACGGCUGUUUUCUAAAUGCCAAACUGAAAGAUUUGCCGUUUGCAGUAGGAGAGUCUUGAUUAAAAUGUUCAUAAAACAUUUUCUACAGUUAUGCACACUCAUGAGUUAUAAUUUUUUUUCCAAA